AUGCGAAAAAUCGGAGAAGGAGCGGGAGGCAAAUCCCGAAGGCAUUCGGACAUUCUUUCUUCUUUGAUUGCAGUGACUGCCUCAGUUUUCCCGAAUGUGCCGUCGGCGCCUGGGAUGCCAUGCCAGGGAGAAGACAAGAGCAUUUACCGACGAGGUGCUCGUCGUUGGAGGAAGCUGUACAAGGUCAAUGGGCACAUUUUCCAGGCCAAGCGAUUCAACAGGAGGGCAUUUUGCGCCUAUUGCCGAGACAGAAUAUGGGGCCUGGGUCGACAGGGCUUCAAAUGCGUUCAGUGCAAACUACUGAUUCACAAAAAAUGCCACAAGCUGAUACGUGUGCCGUGCAAUGCGGAGCAAGUGGCGUCGUUGGCGACGGGCGACGCUGGUCAGCGUGGGUCAUCCUCGACACCGUCGUCAUCGUCGCUGUCUCCGAUGCCUGCUUCAUCGUCAGCGACGAGCACAGCAAGUGCGCAGCAGCAGCUUCUUCAAGCCGGGGAUGGUAGUAAGGCCAAUGGGGAAGCAGAAUCACGGAAAGGUGUGGAGCCAGGAACAGGGGCGAAACAGUACAGUUUGGAUGAUUUUGACUUGAUCCGCGUGAUUGGCAGAGGCAGCUACGCAAAGGUGCUCAUGGUUGAACUGAAGAAAACCAAGCGGAUUUAUGCUAUGAAGGUGAUAAAGAAGGAGUUGGUGUCGGACGAAGAGGACAUUGACUGGGUGCAGACUGAGAAGCACGUGUUCGAGACUGCAUCGAAUCACCCGUUCCUUGUCGGACUGCACUCUUGCUUCCAGACGCCUUCGCGACUCUUCUUUGUGAUCGAGUUUGUGCGCGGCGGAGAUCUCAUGUUCCAUAUGCAGCGUCAACGGCGGCUGCCCGAAGAACACGCCAGGUUUUACGCCGCCGAGAUUUGCCUCGCGCUCAACUUCCUCCACGACCGAGGGAUAAUUUAUCGGGACUUGAAACUGGACAACGUUCUUCUGGAUCACGAGGGACACAUCAAGCUCACUGAUUAUGGCAUGUGUAAAGAAGGUAUCCGGCUGGGUGACACCACAUCUACUUUCUGCGGAACUCCUAAUUAUAUCGCACCUGAAAUUCUGCGUGGCGAGGAAUAUGGCUUUAGUGUUGAUUGGUGGGCACUGGGGGUUUUAAUGUACGAGAUGCUGGCGGGAAGAAGCCCCUUCGACAUUAUGGUGCUCAUGAGUUAUGAUUUCUUCUUUUUUCUGAUAGUGAUUCUGGAGAAGACAAUUCGGAUUCCCCGAUCCUUGUCCGUGAAAGCUGCGAGUAUUCUUAAAGGCUUCCUAAACAAGAAUCCCGCUGAGCGGUUGGGAUGUCACCCCGAAACCGGCUUCUCAGAUAUUGUUCAUCAUCCUUUCUUCAAAACAAUCGACUGGUUCUUGAAGUUAGCGAAUCUAUUCCAGGAAAUUAGUGUUCCGUCGUCUUGUGCUAAGGUACAGUCAGUCAAUGACCGUCGUUUUGUGGAGAAGCGUCACCUGUUGUAUGAAUUGUAA